AACCCGGGCCACGCCCCCAGCCCCGGCCCCGCCCACGUCGCGUGCUACAUCCUGACUCCGCCCCUGUCCCGUCCCGUUCGGUCCUCGCCGGGGCUCGCGAUAGCUACCAUGGCAGGGAGGCUGACCCGUCGCUGGAGUCCGAGGGUCAUCAUUGUGAACGUCCAAUUUUUUGCUUAUGGCCUCAGUACUGUGCUUUGAAGUUCACCAUCUCACUUGGGUGCUUAAAAACUUAACCCCCUGCCUUGCUUGCUGUUUCUGCUCUGCGCCUGUCUGUCUUGUAUCCUGUGAGGAUGGAGUACACUUGCUGAGCCUGCUUCACUGACUACUUUCCUGCACAGGUAGAUUCCUUCCUACCUUCCUGAGAAGAGUCUUCUGCAGGUCCUUCGCUUCCCAGUAGUUCAGCUGCACAUGAGCAGAACAGCAAUGAGAGCCAGUGAGAAGGACUUUGAAAAUGCAAGGAAUCAAUUGAAACUCUUGACGAAGGAUCCAGGAAAUGAAGUGAAGCUAAAACUCUAUGCCCUGUAUAAGCAGGCCACUGAAGGACCUUGUAACACACCCAAACCAAGCAUGUUGGACUUCAUCAAUAAAGCCAAAUGGGAUGCAUGGAAUGCCCUUGGCAGCCUGCCCAAGGAAACUGCUAGGCAGAACUAUGUGGAUCUGGUGUCCAGUUUGAGUCCUUCGUCUGAGUCUUCUAGCCAAGUGAAGCCUGCAGCAGCCAACGAGAAACAACCGGGAUCUGAAAACAUCAUAGUGACCUCUCAAGAUGGCAUCACAAAGAUCAUGUUUAACCGGCCCUCCAAAAAAAACGCCAUAACCACUUCGAUGUAUAAAGAAAUUAUUCAUGCACUUAAAGCUGCAAGCACGGAUAACUCAGCCAUAACUGUUUUUACAGGAAAUGGUGAUUAUUACAGUAGUGGGAAUGAUCUGACUAACUUCACAGAUGUUUCCCCCAAUUCAAUAGAGGAGACAGCUAAAAAUGCUAGCAUUUUACUGAGGGAGUUUGUAGAUGCUUUUAUAGAUUUUCCUAAGCCUCUGGUUGCAGUGAUAAAUGGCCCAGCUGUGGGAAUCGUGGUCACCCUUCUGGGGCUAUUUGAUGCCGUGUAUGCAUCCGACAAAGCAACAUUUCAUACUCCAUUUAGUGAACUUGGCCAAAGCCCAGAGGGAUGUGCCUCUUACACUUUUCCGAAGAUAAUGGGCCCCGCCAAGGCAGCUGAGAUGCUUAUUUUUGGGAAGAAGUUAACAGCAGGAGAGGCAUGUGCUCAAGGCCUCGUUACAGAAGUUUUUCCUGAAAGCACUUUCCAGAAAGAAGUUUGGACCAGGCUGAAAACAUAUGCAAAGCUCCCCACAAAUUCCUUGAGGAUUUCAAAGGAGUUGAUCAGAAGUAAUGAGAAAGAAAAGCUACAUGCCGUUAAUGCUGAAGAAUGCACUGUCCUCCAGGGAAGGUGGCUGUCAGAGGAAUGCAUGAAUGCUCUCAUGAACUUUAUGUCCAGAAAAUCAAAACUGUGACAACGUCUUAGAGAAGAGUUAAGACCAUCAAAGGAAGGAUAUGCAGUUAGUGCUGAUUUUAACUAAAUAAACUUCACUGGGCCUUUUUCCAGUGCUGUAUGUCAGUUAUGAUGAGAAUAUUUUACUUACAGCCCUAAUGAAUAAAAACUUAUGAAACAAGCUUUAAGAAUUCACGUAGGUUAUUGGAACUAGAAAGUCUUACAUCUUUUGACAUGAAUCGAUGCUGCCAGGAACAGUGGAACAUUGUGCCUGGGAUCCUGCUUUGGAAAGCGUUCACGGCUUUACACGCUGAAGUUACAUUCUUGAACACCACUACAGCACUUUGACGUCCACACGUGGUGACUGACUGAAUCGGGCCGAACAUUGACAUCCUUUGAAUUACUGACUUGAGAUCCUCGGUGGGUUGCAUGUCCUUUUUCAGCCAUCUAGCAAGGGAGCAAAUGCAAGGAGCAAGUUACUAGAAAACAAAUAAGAAUCUUAGUUUCUUUUUUUCCCCCCAAUUUAAAAAAUAGGCAUGGAGGGGAAAUGGGUUGUUUCAUUGGAGAGCAGUGCUCCUUAUUGGUAUGGAGCCCUCAUUCUUGUUCAAUGUGGUAUUUUAUAAGAGAGACCUGACAAGGACUGGAGAUGCAGUUCCAAGGGCUACAAAAUUGGCAUGGAAUAUUUUGCUUUUUUAAAUACUUUUUUUUUUUUCCUUUUUGACCUUUCCUUCCAGAAUCAGCUUCCAGGUAAAUAACCCACCAAACCUGUAACUUUUUAUUUCUAAUUUUUCUUUUUUGUUCCACUAAUUGUAUUUAAAAUGUCCAGUCCUAUAGAAAAUAUAUGACUAGAAAUAACCAUUUAUGUCUGUCUUGGGUACUUACUAGUGCUUAAUGCUCAUCAUUAUAUUUAAUCACCCCCUACCAAAAAAAAAAAAAAAAAAA